GAAGGAUUUCCCAGCACACUGCGCCUGUUCCACUCUGCAGGAUGCGCCCACAUGCCCACCCCUUUUGUGAAGAUUGUAGAGGUCGGACCAAGAGAUGGGCUCCAAAAUGAACCGUUUCCUGUUGCCGUACAAACAAAAGUUGAGCUGAUCAAUCGAUUAUCUGCAACGGGUCUCAAGUCUAUCGAAUCGGGCAGCUUUGUUUCUCCAAAAUGGAUCCCACAGAUGGCUGGCACGUCCGAAGUUCUUCGGCUGAUUGAUCACAAACAUGGAACAUCAUAUCCUGUGCUGGUGCCCAACAUGAAAGGACUUGAGGGUCUCGAGGUCCUCCUGCGCGAGAAUCCUAGACAGCCAGUGAGUGAAGAAAUCGCAAUCUUCACCGCUGCGAGCGAGACAUUCAACAAGAGGAACAUCAACUGUACGAUUGCCGAAUCGUUGGAUCGCUUUGUCCCUGUUGUCGAACGCGCCAUUGAGCUCGGUCUCCGGGUACGGGGCUACGUCUCAACGGCAGUCGUUUGUCCAUACGAGGGAUAUAUCGAACCCGAAAAGGUGCGAGACGUAACUAUUAAACUUCUGGAGAUGGGAUGUUAUGAGGUGUCCUUGGGCGACACCAUCGGAGCCGCAACUCCGAGAACCAUGGAGAGGCUUCUUGAUGUUGUUAUGGCGGCAGUGCCAAUUGAGAUGCUAGCGGCACAUAACCAUGAUACCUACGCUAUGGCUAUAGCCAACGUGCUCACAGCUCUGAAGAUGGGGAUUAGAACUGUUGACAGCUCCGUUGCAGGGUUAGGGGGCUGUCCAUUCGCACCUGGCGCGACGGGGAAUGUUGCAACUGAGGAUUUGGUGUAUGCAUUGCGGGAAGAAGGCUACGAAACUGGAGUGGAUUUGAAUAAAUUGAGCACAACAGGACAAUGGAUUUCCAGCAUCCUGGGAAGGGACAACGGGAGUAGAGUAGGUAAAGCUUGGCUGGCCCGAAAGAAACUUCAAUGA